CAGCAUCUGUAUUAGGAAAUGGAAAAGUAUUAGUUGCUGGUGGUAGUGGUACUAGUAGUGGUUAUCUCAACAGUGCUGAGUUAUAUGAUCCAACAGCAGGUAUUUGGACAACUACAGGAAACAUGAAUGUCGCACGAUACUAUCAUACAGCAUCUGUAUUAGGAAAUGGAACAGUAUUAGCUGCUGGUGGAUGUAUUUAUAGUGGUUUUCUCAACAGUGCAGAGCUCUAUUGA